GUUCCCUUUAUAAAAAUCGAAGAUUGCGUUUUUACAAAGCAACAAAUGCUAACAAAAAAUCUUCAAAAACCCCUUCCAAAAUUGUCGUGUACAAGACACAUUGAACAUACACAAUGGGCCUAACAAUUUCCACCUUGCUAACUCGCCUGUUUGGAACGAAGAUGAUGCGGAUUUUAAUGGUGGGGUUAGACGCUGCAGGUAAAACUACAAUUUUAUAUCGAUUAAAGCUUGGCGAAAUUGUCACCACAAUACCUACCAUUGGAUUUAACGUGGAAACAGUUGAGUAUAAGAACAUUUCGUUUACUGUGUGGGAUAUUGGCGGACAAAAUAAGAUUCGCCAAUUGUGGCGUCAUUAUUUCCACGGUACCGAUGCUGUUAUAUUUGUCGUCGAUUCCAACGAUCGAGGGCGGAUCGAUGAAGUGAGGGAUGAAUUAACCGACAUGAUGAAGGAUGAUGAACUGAAGGACGCCGCUUUGUUGGUAUGGGCUAAUAAGCAAGAUUUACCCCACGCAAUGAGUUUGGCACAGAUUGCUAGUAAAUUGCAACUGCACGACUUACGUGAUCGUCGCUGGCACAUCCAAGCUGCAUGUGCUACACGGGGAGAGGGCUUGUACGAUGGAUUAGAUUGGUUAUCAAAUGAGUUGGCAAAUUGACUAUAUAGGUUGUUAGAAACGCGUACUAACUGUAUACCCAUUACCAUAACUAUAAAUGAUUUUUCUUUAACUAGUACACAACCUUUCGUAGGAAACUCAUUUUAUAUAGUUACGAUAGAUAAUAGUUAGGAUGACCGGACCAAAACAAGCAUUUUUCUGGCUCUGUUUCAUUCACGAUUGUGCUCACCCC